AUGGCGCUGCUGAAAGUCACAUUUGACCAAAAGAAGCGGGUCAAGUUGGCCCAAGGGCUCUGGCUUAUGAACUGGCUCUCCGUGCUGGCUGGCAUUGUCAUCUUCGGCCUCGGGCUGUUCCUGAAGAUCGAACUCCGGAAGAGAAGUGAUGUGAUGGAUAAUUCGGAGAGUCAUUUUGUGCCCAAUUCCUUGAUAGGGGUAGGGGUGUUGUCCUGUGUCUUCAACUCUCUGGCUGGCAAGAUCUGCUAUGAUGCACUGGACCCUGACAAGUACACCAAAUGGAAGCCCUGGCUGAAGCUGUACCUGGCUGUCUGUGUCCUCUUCAACGUUGCCCUCUUCCUGGUGUCCCUCUGCUGUUUUCUGAUGCGGGGCUCACUGGAGAGCACCCUGGCUCAUGGGCUCAAGAACGGCAUGAAGUACUACCGGGACACAGACACGCCUGGCAGGUGUUUCAUGAAGAAGACCAUCGACAUGCUGCAGAUCGAGUUCAGGUGCUGUGGCAACAAUGGCUUCCGCGACUGGUUUGAGAUUCAGUGGAUCAGCAACCGCUACUUGGACUUUUCCUCCAAAGAAGUGAAAGAUCGCAUCAAGAGCAACGUGGAUGGGCGGUACCUAGUGGACGGUGUCCCCUUCAGCUGCUGCAAUCCCAACUCGCCUCGGCCCUGCAUCCAGUACCAGCUCACCAACAACUCGGCGCACUACAGCUAUGACCACCAGACAGAGGAGCUCAACCUGUGGGUGCGUGGCUGCAAGGCCACCCUGCUGAGCUACUACAGCAGCCUUAUGAACUCCAUGGGUGCCGCUGUGCUCUUUAUCUGGCUCUUUGAGGUGAACAUCACGAUUGGGCUGCGCUAUCUGCACACGGCGCUGGAAAGUGUGGCCAACCCCGAGGAUGCUGAGUGUGAGAGUGAGGGCUGGCUGCUGGAGAAGAGCGUGCCGGAGACCUGGAAAGCCUUCCUGGAGAGCUUGAAAAAGCUGGGCAAGAGUAACCAGGUGGAAGCUGAGGGCGAGGUUGCAGGCCAGACCCCAGAGGCCGGCUGAUGGCUCCGGGGUCCCUUCCCCUCCUGAACACUGAAAAGUAGUGGACUCCGAGAAAUGCGGAUAGCCCCUUGUCCAACUUCGAAGGUCUGAAUCUCCCGAGGAGGGUGGCCCACCUUACAGAGACUUCUUGGUGGGAUUUUAAAGUUUAGCGUUCCUGAAAACAUUUGUUGAACAUUUGUUGAAUGACACAAUCAAAAUAUGAAUGAACAAGACCCACUCAGGCUCCCUGCCCUUGGAUAGGCCUUCACGGUGAAUUCAGGGCAGCUCCAUUUUUUUCCCA